AUGGCAAAGACAAAACCCAAGAAUAAGCAGUCGAAAGAAGACAGAAAAGCCGCUCAAAAACGCACAUCCGGUAGAAGUAACGCUCCAAAAGCAAACAUGGCCGUUUCAACAGCCGAUCUCCUAGCACAAGCUGCGGCACUCUUGCAGAAUGGAGACAUCGAGGGGUCCGUCAAGCCUGCGAAGAAAGCUUUGAAGUCGCUAAAUGUCGAGUCGCCAGAAGCCUUACCUGCGCUCAACUUACUAGGAGAAAUACACGUCGAGUUGGGAGAUAUCGACUCGGCGCGCCAAUACUUCCAACAAGCCGCCGCCAUUGAUGAGGAUGGCUCGGUUCCAGAAGAGCUUGGUGGAGGCGCAGAGAAAUUUCUUUGGCUGGCGCAGCUGAGCGAGGAAGGGGGGCAAGACAGCGUCGACUGGUUUGAGAAAGGGGCUAUGAGCUUGCGGGUACAAAUUGACGCCCUGCUCGCAAGCGGAAAGUUGGAUGCGGAAGGCGAAGCUGCGAUGGCGGAGAAGACGAGGAAGCUUGCUGUGGCGCUUUGUGGUGUUGUGGAGGUGUAUAUGACGGAUCUGAGCUGGGAAGAGGAUGCCGAGCACAAGUGUGAAACCCUCGUCACGGAGGCUACGUUGGUUGCUCCGCAGUUUGCAGAGCCAUUGCAGACGUUGGCAAAUGUCAGGAUUUCUCAAUCACGUUUGGAGGAUGCGAAAGCGGCGCUGAAGAGGAGUCUGGAUCUGUGGAAGGAUUUACCGCCUGGUGAUACGGUUGUACCGGACUUUCCUACCCGGGUCAGUCUUGCUAGGUUGCUUAUGGAGGCAGAUAUGGAAGUCGAGGCUAUCGAUGUUCUGGAGCGACUGGUCGGAGAAGAUGAUAGCAGUGUUGAGGUUUGGUACCUGGGCGGCUGGGGACUGUACAUUCUGGGUGAGAAGCAGAAGAAUGGUGAAGUCAAGGUGGAGAAUGGCGAUGGAGAGAGCUGGAGAGUCUCAUGGAUAUCGAGUCGGCAGUGGCUUGACCAGAGUCUCCGUCUUUAUAAGCAGCAAGACUAUGAAGAUGAAAGACUUGGAGAACACGCCGAAGAGCUCCAAGCUCUCAUCAACAAGGAGCUUGGAGGAGUGUCUGCCGAGGAGGAGGAAGAGGGUGACAUUUGGGAAGAUGAGGGGUCUGAAGAGGAUAAAGAGAUGAUAGGAGCCUAA